GAGAUACGACGGGCAUCUCACGCGACAACUCAAGAUCAGAAAAUAAUUUUCGUUCGGAGAAGGAAUCCCGGGCCCCGGUAACACUAAUUCACCUUGCUAUAGUUUGUGUACGUACGAGUGGAUAGUUUGAGUGCCGAUAUUCAGAGUGUUGCACAGACUCAAUAUAUGUAUUUGGUUAAACGUGGUGCCGCAAAAAAAAAAACAGAAAUACAGAUGGAAAGCUUGGGAGUUCCUUGUCAAGAAAUUCAAAUAAAAAUUGAAUACCCCAUAUUGAGAAGGAAAAAGAGAUAUGCUAACCUCGUUGACGCCGAGCCCAUUGCCCUGAUGUCUAUUUUGAGUAGCUUCCAUGCUGGAUAUUUCAGAAUAAGCCUAUCUCUUUGUAGCCAAGCUUUGUUGUGGAAGAUAAUGGUUCAUUUACAUAACCAUCUCCCAUCUAUGGCAUUUCAUCUCAUGUGGUAUAUAGCUCUUGCAAUACAAGUGUCACUCUGUUUUCUUUACGCUUUCAAGUGUAUUUUCUACUUUGACCUCGUGAAGGAGGAGUUCUCGCAUUAUAUUGGAGUGAACUAUCUUUACGCUCCAUUCAUUUCAUGCCUUCUCUUGCUUCAGUCAGCUCCUCUGAUGGAACCACACAGCGUUUUGUACAAGACACUAUUCUGGGUGUUUGUUCUUCCGGUCUUGACCCUCGACACAAAGCUUUAUGGCCAGUGGUUCACAACAGAAAAAAGGUUUUUGUCGAUAAUGGCGAACCCGGCAAGCCAAGUUUCAGUAAUAGCAAACCUAGUGGCUGCACGAGGAGCAGCAGAGAUGGGUUGGAAGGAGUGUGCUCUAUGCUUGUUCUCGCUCGGGAUGGUUCAUUAUUUGGUUAUCUUUGUCACACUUUAUCAACGCUUACCAGGAGGAAACAACUUCCCAACCACGCUGAGGCCAGUUUUCUUCUUGUUCUUUGCUGCACCAGCCACUGGAAGUCUAGCUUGGAACUCUAUUUGUGGAACCUUUGAUACUGUAGCGAAGAUGUUGUUCUUCCUUUCGCUCUUCAUAUUCGUGUCUCUGGUCUGUAGGCCAACUCUUUUGAAAAAGUCAAUAAAAAGAUUCAAUGUCGCAUGGUGGGCUUACUCGUUCCCCAUCACCUUUCUUGCUUUAGACUCGGUUCAUUAUGCGCAAGAGGUGAAAGACCACGUCGCUUCUGCCUUGAUGUUUAUCUUCUCCUCCACCUCAGUUUUGAUCUUCCUCGGGGUGAUGUUAUUGACAGCAGCAAACAGCAAAAGAUUACUCAGACGUGAUCCGGUCCUCUGGUCUGCUACUGGUCCAAAAAACAGAUAAAAGAUGUCGACUAUACUGAAUUUGUGUUUGA